AUGGCAGAUGGUAAAUGUACUAAAAAUUUCCCUAAAGAUUUCACUAACGAUGCGAUCAUAAAUGUCGACGGAUAUCCAAUAUCUCAGUCAUUUCGUAUGAAUUCGCCAAAUCGAACUGAAUCUGAUUUAAUGAAUACUGAAAUGAAUCGUGAACUGCAAUACAGCACUGUAGAAAUGGCAGCGAUUGUUGCCCGCAAUGUCCCACUAAUGAAUGAGGAACAAAGAACCGUUUAUGAUCGCAUAAUGCUCACAGUUUCAGCUAGACAAGGUGGGUUCUUCUUUUUGGAUGCACCGGGUGGAACUGGCAAAACAUUCGUUAUUUCGCUAAUUCUUGCUGAAAUACGAUCAAAUAAUGGCAUCACAUUGACAAUUAUAAGUGGCAUGCUCUCGAGUGGGUAA